AUGUCUACAUUAUUCAACAUCAAGAGCGGCCAAUCUCGCACUUUCAAGCCAAAGAAGGUUGCCGAAGGUACAAAACAAUGGCAGCUGAAGCAGUACGCCCAGCAGACCCUGGGAUCUGGUAACCUCAGGACCGCUGUCAAGCUACCGGAAGGAGAGGACCUUCAGGAAUGGAUUGCGGUGCAUGUGGUGGACUUUUUCAACCAUGUCAACAUGCUCUAUGGGACUGUCUCUGAGUUCUGCACGCCUGCUGAAUGCCCUAUAAUGAACGCCGGCCCCAAGUACGAGUACUUCUGGGAAGAUGGAACCAACUACAAAAAGCCAACCCACCUCUCUGCUCCUGCUUACGUCGAAGCCCUCAUGUCUUGGACGCAAUCCAUCCUCGACGACGAGAAGCACUUUCCUCAGACAAUCGGCAAACGCUUCCCACCUACUUUCAUGACCACCGCCAAGACGAUCCUCAGGAGACUGUUCAGAGUCUACGCGCACAUCUACCACUCGCAUUUCGACCAAAUCUGUGCUCUUGGUAUUGAGGCUCACUUGAACACCAACUAUCGACACUUUUUGCUCUUUGUUGACGAGUUUGCUCUGUUGUCCGAGAAGGAUCUUGUUCCUCUCGAGGACUUCAACAAGACCAUCUUGAACGAGACUGGGAAGUAA